AUGAAGUAUGUUAUUCAUAGGGCCUUGCCAGCAUUGUAUGAUAGUCAGAAAGCCAUUGAACUUGCUUACAUUGCUAGUUGCUGCGAGUCUACUCUUCAAGGUGAAGCAAUGAUAUACUUGGAGACAUUGUUUUUGAGCAGCAAGUCUGAUGAUAAACAAAUCAGUUUUGGCACACAGGGAUUCAUAGAAACCUUAUUGUUUGGAAAACUGUCCUUGGAGUCAGAACUGUCAGAUGCCUUGGGUGAAAAAAAAGAUGCUCCUGUUAUCACACAAAGACUGUGUGUUUUGUAUGUCAUGGUUUUGAGUGAUAUGAUUGUCACCUGCAGAAAUCCAAAUGAGAUGAAGCAAUGUGAUAUCCACCUCAGCACAAUAAUAGCCAGAAACACAAAAUUUGGGAAAGCUGCUAAUGAACUUCAAGCCUUUAUAGAAGAUGCCAGCAAUAAACCAUGUUCUCAGAUGAAGAGAACCAUCUCUGAGUUCAUGAAGCCAGACAAAGCAGAUCUAGGAGCUCAGCUGUGCCAGGAAAAUUUAGUCAUACAAACCUGUGUUAUUAUGGAAACUAUGAAACAGAUUUUCAAGUCUCGGAAUGUCAAGCAGUUAAAACUGCUCUUUGAUUAUAUGAGUAAAAAAAUUGAUGAACCGAAGAAGAAAUUCUUGUCACAAUCCAUCAGUUUGACUCUCUUGUUACGGUGCCUCACCAUUUUCCUGACCUUUGGGCUGAAAAAUGCCAAACAUCAAGAUCUGCAGGAAAUUUACAAUCAGUCCCUUGAAAUCAUCAGAGCAUAUUUAGAAUGGAACUCCACAGAAGAUAUGUACAGAUUCAUGCAGAUUUUGCUCUUUUACAACAAUCCUGUAAUUCAGAAGAGAAUCUUCAAGUCUGAAAGUAAUGUUGAUGGAAAUGUAACAUCUGGUUAUGAUAAGGAACAGCUACCCUAUUUGAUGAAUCACAUAGAGAAGUUACUUACUCCUUUGCUGGUUAUUGAGAGAAAUGAGAUGGACAAGCCUGAACUCAAGACAAAAUGCAUUGAGGAUGCGUGGAAAAUAAUGAAGGCCAAAUUCAGUGGUCAGGAAGUUUUAGUUCAUGUGCACAUUCCUGAUGUCAGAAGUCACAGAUUUAAAAAUGAGACAGGAUGUAGAGAAGAUUUUUACUCUAAUGAGAUGAAAGUGCUGCAAAAGUUACAGCACAAAAACAUCAUCAAAAUGUUUGCUUUUCAAGACAGCCAUGUUCCAUUGUUUUAUGUUGUGGAACAUAUACAGAUCAAUUUGCAGACGGCAUUGAAAUACAAGAGAGAUAACCAGGAUUUCUACCACCCGACCACCUUGUUCAAGUUCUUGUCUGAUGCCUUGUCUGCUGUGGAGUACUGUCAUAGCAAGCUACAUGUCCACUGUAACCUGACCUGUGAAAGUUUACUUAUAGUAGCUGACAAUCAGGCCAAGUUGUGUGGGUUUCACUUAUGCCUUGAACUUGUUGAUGGUCGAGGAAAAAUUGACAAGAAAAACUUUAAGAAAGCAUUGAUUCCCACCAACUGGUCUGCCCCUGAAUCUUUAAGUGAAGCAGAAUACACCAUAGCCUCAGACAUUUGGAUGUUUGGUCAUUUGAUGUAUGAGGUGCUAACCCAUGGACAGUUGCCAUAUUCACAAAUACAAAAUGUUGAAGAUUUGUCAAAAAAGAUUGUAUGUGGCACAGUCAGUCUGCCUGAAAAUCCUUCUUUCAAAACAGAACAUUAUCGCUUAAUAUGCGAAUGUGCUGCCUACGAACCUAGUGAACGUGCCAGUGUAACUAAAAUUAAAACGCAGCUUAUCCAGUUUCUUUAUGACUAUGAAAAAACUCCUUCAUCUCAGACUUCACUCUACUCAUUUGACAGCUCUUACAAGCAGUCAACAGAAAAUGAAAAGGGAAUGCCAGGCUUGCCAUCUUCCAAAUUUGUUGAAGAUCAAGAACGUGGGGUUGAAAUUGUUCGUGUGGAUAUCUCUGACACUUUGAUCAGGUUAACCUAUGCAGAUGUUUACAUCUUCAGAGAGAAAAUUGUCCAUGAAGUCACACUGAGUCUGGAAAUCAGAGUUGAGGAUGGUAAAUUAAAUGACAUACUGCCAGGAAUCCGCAUAUAUCAGCAUCCCAAUGAAGCGCACCAUAUU